AUGGCCUCGCCCGUGGACAACGGGGAGGAGGCACGGGAGCCGUGGCCCGGGCACGACCACCGGCCACCGCUGGGGCUCCGGCGCGGUGGAGGGAGCCGCAGGAGCAGGGCCGCGACCAAGUGCAGAGGAGGGGGGCGCUUGCGGGGGAGCAGGGGGGAAACGGAGGCGAGGGCGCCGUCGACGGGGCGAGCGGCGAGCGGUGGUGCUCGCGCGGGGACAGAGGGGAGAGGGAACCGGCGCGGGAGUGAGGCAACGGUGCGGGGCGAGGCCACGGUGAGCGCGGGUCGCCGUGAGCGCGGCCGGGGCGAGGCGCGUUGGCGCGGGGCGACGGGCGUGGCCCGAUGGAACAGCGCGCGGCCAGGGCGCGGCCUGACCGCGGUGAGCGCGCGCGUGCGGGCGCCGCUGAGCGAGGCCCUGGCCGAAGUGGCCGGAGCAAGGGAGGAGGAGGGGAUGCCGGGGCCUCACCACGGGGCGGUGGGGUCUAGGCAGCGGGGCUCGUGGAGGGGGGUCGGGGACGACGGCGAUGGGGAGGCAGGCCGUCGGGGACGAGACGAGGUCGAGGCGGCGUCGAUCCAGGCGGCGGGGUCGUCGGGCGAGCGGGGGACUCCAGGGAGGAGGCGGCGCGGUGGCUCCGGCGAGGUGGCCGUGGCGGUGGCGUUCCGGGCGGCAGCGAGGAGGCCAGGAGGGGCGGCGAGGCGGGCGACGGGUGGCGUCGGGGGCGAUCCCGAUCCAGGAGGGGAUCGGGGGAGUGGGGGGAGUGGGGAGGAGGUGUCGGUGCCAAAGGUGGUCGAUGGGCAGCACGCGGACUGCGGCGGCGCCAUGGUGAGCAAGCUCCCCAACACCACUUAG